AUGACGACAAUCGCCAGCCGCGCCCUUCCGCCGGGGCUCCCAGCAAAGGUGGCUUCGGUGCCGCCAAACCAAACGCUUUACGUGACGAACCUCCCCUCUACCAAGAUCCAGAAGGAAGAUUUACGGACAGCGCUCUACCUACUUUUCUCGACGUAUGGCGCGGUUCUGGACGUUGUGGCUCUCAAGACGAUGAAAAUGCGCGGUCAGGCGCACAUUGUGUUCAAGGAUGUGCAAACAGCGACCCAGGCGAUGCGGUCUCUCGACGGGUUUGAGUUUUUUGGGCGUGAAAUGAAAAUUUCGUACGCCAGGUCUAAGUCUAACAUCAUCGCCAAACUCGAUGGCUCGUUCAAGGUCCCCACAGCCGCGACUGCCGCCCGCGUCGAGGUGACCGAUCUCCAACAAAGCAUCUUCAAUGCACCCGUACCCGGCGCACCAGCAGCUGUGCCUGGUAUCCCGCCGAAACCCACAGGCACUGACCACGUCAUGACCGAUGCUGGCACGCCUGAGAACCGCGGCGUGAAGAGGGCCCGAGAAGAUGAGCAAGAGGCGGAAGAGGAAGAGAGCGAUGAGGACGUGGCGAUGGAGGAGGAGAGCGAGGACGAAUGA